GAACCCCUGGAUGGGGAGGGGAGGGGAAGCGAACCCCUGGAUGGAGAGAUACAGGGAAGUGAACCCCUGGAUGGGGAGAGGAAAGGAAGUGAACCCCUGGAUGGAGAGAUACAGGGAAGUGAACCCCUGGAUGGAGAGAUACAGGGAAGUGAACCCCUGGAUGGGGAGAGGAGGAGAAGCGAACCCCUAGAUGGGGAGAGGAGGGAAAGUGAGCCCCUGGAUGGGGAGAGCGGAGGUAUGGAGGAGAAGCCCCCAGAGGCCCGGGAGAAGCCGAGUUCAGGGGGGUCCGGGGAGAGCGCAGCGCCCCCGGCAGAGGAGGGGGGUGUCCAGCCUGAGGAGGCCCCGGAGGAGCCAGGACUGCGGCCCGGGGUCAGGCCCGAGGGCUUCCCGGAGCAGGAAGCUGGGAAGGCCGAGGCCCCGGCCGAAGGCCCCGCAGGGGAGGCCGUCCCUCUCCCGACAGAGACCCCGGCCCCGCCGCCGCCCCCCGAGAGCCAGCCUCUGCUCCCGCGGGAGAGGCCCAGCGCCCACCCCGCGCCCACCUACGCCCCUGCCCGGCAGCCGGCGCCCGCCGAGGGCGGGGAGGCCAACGGCCCCAAGCAAAAGACGUGUCAGUGUUGCGCCGUGAUGUGAGCCACGCCGCCCCACGCGCACUCAGCUACCUCGCCGCCCGGCACCCAGGCUGCCACCCGCUCCCGGCUCCGCGCCCACCGCCUGCGGCCUGGCCCCUCCUGCA